GUGAGUUUUGGUACUGCCAGGGCUAUGUAGACCUUAUCUCAGAAAAAAGAAAGAAGGGAGGGAGAGAGGGAGGGAGGGAGGGAGGGAGGGAGGGAGGGAGGGAGGAAGGAAGGAAGGAAGGAAGGAAGGAAGGAAGGAAGGAAGGAAGGAAGGAAGGAAGGAAGGAAAAACAGACAUCUCUAGCUUCCCAUAAGGCCCUAUCACAUUCUGACUCUGAAAGCUAACCGGUCCUGCCUGGUUUUGAGUCUUGCAUAAGACACACAAUGUAUGCCCUUCCCUGCCUGGCCUCUCACUCACCAUGUUCCUUCUGACUCAGGAACAAUAUUACACAUGACUGUAUCUUGUUCAUUUUGCUACUGACACCCCAUUGCCUGAAUAGUGGUUUUUGUGGCUCAUUUUCCUGAGUGGUAUAUUUCCUGAUAGUGGGUAUUUGAGCAGUUUCCAGUGAGGGACUGUUGUGGAUAGCACUGCUUGGCCCUGGAACACAUCCUUGGUGUGAAUGGGGAGAAAGAAUUGGAACCACGUUUUCCAGACAGUUUCCCCACAGAUGUCUCUGAUGCCACCUGCUGGACAGGAGCCAUAUGACAUAUCCAGGGUGGCCUUCAAAAGAGUCCUCUCAAGAACUCGCAGCACAAGACUGGACCAUGACCCUACCUGGAAGCCACACCCCUGACAAUAUAACCUGGUUGGUGUUGCUAAGCCACCACCCAAACCACCCUUGAAUCCUAGUUCUAAACACGAUCACAGUCCCUAGAGAUCUAGGUAAGUUAGAGAUCUCAAAGGUUAAGAGGGGACUCUUCCCACUACACCCCAUGGUCUAUGGCUAUAGUAUUGGGCUCAUCCUAGACUUGGAUAAACUGUGACCCUGUGUGGCAGUUGUUUGGGGAACCUUUAGGAGAACCUGAUGUCCUAAUGAGGCAGGCUCAUUGCAGCCUCCCCGGCCCAGCCCCGCCCUGCCCAGACCUGUUCUCUCUUUCACCACCUCCCUUUCCCAAGGCCACCCAGCCACAAUCACAGCCUGCUUGCCUCCCUCCCUGGCAGUCUCCACUGUCAGGGUUCUCGGCAGGGACCUGAAGCAGCCCAGGCUAUGGAGGCCACAACAGGGCCUGUGCUCUACCACAAGCUGCAGCUCUGGGAGCCUGGCACGGAGUCGGAGGAGGAGGAAGAGGAAGAAAUAGCAGAGCCACUGGUCCUCUCCCUAAGGAGAUCCCAAAAUACCCCCCGGAACAAGGUUGGUGGGCUGCCAGGAGCCUGGGCCCGCCUGCUGGCAAGUCUGCUUCUGCUAGCUGUUAGCAGCUCCCUGGCUCUGAGGCAGCUGCACAGUAGGGACAGUCCAAAAGAAAACUUGGGCUCUGUGGCCCCUCCAGCCAGCAGACACUCCCAUCACCCUGGUGUGUACCACCAUGGAGCCAUUAUCAGCCCUGCAGCCACGUGUUCUCAGCUGGGCCAAGAGCUGCUUGUCGCUGGGGGGAAUGUCGUGGAUGCUGGAGUUGGAGCAGCUUUGUGUCUGGCGGUGGUACAUCCUCAUGCAACAGGGCUAGGUGGCAUGUUCUGGGGCCUCUUCUACAACAGCUCCUCAGGAAACUCAACUGCCCUGACAGCAGGCCCAGUGCAAACCCUGGCCCCGGGCCUGGGGCUGCCCACAGCUCUGCCUGCCCUUCAUUUGCUUCACACACACUUUGGCCGCCUGACCUGGCCACAGCUGUUGGCCAAGCCCACCAAGCUGGCUCAAGAGGGCUUUGAGGUAGAUGCGCCCCUGGCAAGUGCACUAGCAGCCCAGGGCACCAAGGGACUUUGUCCACUCUUCUGCCAUACCAACGGGGCUCCACUGAGUCUUGGGGCUCGAGCUACCAACCCCAAACUGGCAGCUGUGCUGCACCAGGCAGCCCUGGCCUCUAGCUCUGAUCUUGUUGGGGAUGCCUUGCUGAGUUUGCUGGUCAAAGACCUGGAGCUCGGGGAGCCUCCUGCUCAGCCCAUGCCCUCCUUAGAGCCCGCACUGCAGCUUUCCAUGCCGCAGGGUGUCCUCUUCACUACUCCCGGUCCCUCAGCUGGCCCAGAACUUCUGGAACUGCUGGAGUCGGCCCUUCACUCCAGGACACCCAGCCCUACUUCCUGUCUGUCUCUCCAGCAAACUGCCAUGACCUCAGGGAGUAGCGCCGUGGCCACCGUGGACAGCAGUGGUUCUAUGCUCCUCCUAACCUCCUCAAUCAACAGCUCCUUUGGUUCUGGACACCUGUCCCCAAGCACCGGGGUUCUGCUCAGCAACCUGGUAGCCAGAUCGGCACCUAGUGCCUGGGCCUGCCCACUCAUUCUCCGUGGCACCCUGGAUGACAUGGAAUCCGAUAUGUUGGGGCUAGUGGCUUCAGGGAUGCCCAGAGGGACCAAGGCCAUCACUUGCACCUUGCUCAAUCAUCUGGCAACACCUCAAACCCAGCAUCAAGCUCAACAAAGACCCACAGAAAGCCCUGGAGUUUGUGGCCAAGGGAGCCUACUCCAAGUGGCAGUCCAUGCAGAACAUGCCCAUGUCUCCAGUGUCCCCAGUGGCUGCUGCCCCUUCCAGGGGUAUUAACAGAGGGACGGAGUAUGGAAAGGGCAAAGCUAUCUGGAACCUGAGGGCCAAAACAGAGGCCUAGCAGCAAUGAGUGCAGACAGAGAACGUAUCUGUGAUGUGUUCGCUGCCAUCAGCCCGCCGUUCAUCAUGUUCUGUCACCUGGCUCUAGCUCUGUCCUCCAGGGCUAGUUAGUCCCACCGUGUUUCCUGGUAUCCACACUGAUGGAAUUGCUGGGUUUUCUAUCAUAUCAGGACCUAGAGGAUGAUGAAAAAGAGACUGAGUGCAGCUCAGCUUCAGGAAAGUCAGUGGAAGGUUGAGAGCCUAGUCUUUGGGCAGUACGGGCAGCGCCGUCUUCCACUGGACCAUGCCCUGCUGAUCUUUAUCAGUUGCAAUGGAAGCUAAUAAAGUCCAAAUCUCCCAGGGUCCAAGUGCCAUCCCUGCUUUUGGGUUAACUUUUUCAUUAUCCCAUGAGAUCUCUGAUGCCAAGGCAUCCGCCAUGUGCAACACAGAUGACAAGAACACCAGACACAGGUGGCGCCUGGACUGGUGUCUUUCAGCUUUCCCCUGCUCCACCCACCUUCUGCGUCCUGGGGUUCUAUCUGUGCAAGGUAAAUCUUAGUUUCACAGGUAGGACAGAUGGCAGAGUAGAGAAGAGUUGGGCAAGUGAGUAGGGAACACUGCUGAUAACAAAGGCCUGGAACUGGAUUGCCUGUGAGCUUCCCUUUAGGGUUGCAAUCUCCGGGCUACAACCCCCUAGAAAUAGUUCCUCAGGCCAAGGGCAAGGACAUCCAGUAGCACUUCCCCUACCUGACAAAGUAAAAGACAAUUUUGGUUUAAUGUUUUGAGGGUUUUAAUUUUUUAUUUUUUAAAAAAAAAAAGAUGCUUUUACUUUAUGUGAGUAUUUUGACUACAUAUGUGUACGUGAACCACACACAUCUUGCAUUUGAGGAGGCCAGAAGAGGGCUCUGGAUCCCUGGAACUGGGGUUACAGCUGUGAGUUGCUACAUGGGUGCUCAGAACUGAACUUAGGUCCUUGGCAAGAGUAGGAAGUUAAGCAAUCAGCAUCUCCCCAGCCCUUAUAUUUUUAUUUUUUUUGUUUGUUUUUCUUUUUUUGGAUUUUCGAGACAGGGUUUCUCCGAAGCUUUUGGUUCCUGUCCUGGAACUAGCUCUUGUAGACCAGGCUGGCCUUGAACUCACAGAGAUCCGCCUGCCUCUGACUCCUGAGUUCUGGGAUCAAAGGUGUGCGCCACCACCGCCCGGCUUUUGUUUGUUUUUCGAGACAGGGUUUCUCUGUAGUUUUGGAGCUAGCUCUGGAACUAGCUCUUGUAGACCAGGUUAGCCUUGAACUCACAGAGGUCCGCCUGCUUCUGUCUCCUGAGUUCUGGGAUUAAAGGCGUGCGCCACCACCGCCCGGCGUCCAGUGACUACUCUUAAACAGCAUCUUAGGAUCUACUGAAUUUUAAUUUCCAAGGCUUUUAACAGGUGUUUUGACAUAUUUUAGCAUUUAAAGGGCUCUGCUCCCUACAGUCCUUAUUUUCAUGAUAAUUAUCGUUUUAAAUGGAUUUUGCUACUUGUUCUUCAACUAGAAAGUCCUCGGAAGCCGUGGCUUUGUCCCCGAGCACACAGUAGGCGGGGAAUAGCUGACGCACGGGUGUCGGAAAGGCUCGCGGGUAGAUGGAAGUCUGGAAGGAGACCGUGUCGCUACUUUUCAGUGGACUUGUGCCGCGGGCCGUCCGAAACGCCUCCAGUAUAAAGAAAGGGAUCAAAGUAGCAGUCACCCCACACGCGCGAGUGAGCACCAGACGCGGCUCCACCCUCGACCAGACCGGAAAGGUACGACGUCCCGCCCCACCACUCCCAACCACUCCGGACCUCCAGGCUCCGCCCCCAGCCGGCCGUCCCAGUGCGCACGCGCCGGGGCCUGACCUGGAAGAGACCGUCUUCCGAGCCCACGUGUUUCGUGCAGCAUGGCGGAGAUGAGGAGUCCCACGAAAGCUGAGCCUGCGCCUCCCGCAGAAGCGGUGCAAGAUGACCGCCGCGACCUACUGUAGCACAGCCGCGAGUUCUUGGACUUCUUCUGGGACAUCGCGAAGCCGGAGCAGGAAACGCGGCUCCAGGCCACCGAGAAGUUGCUGGAGUACUUGCGCACAAGGCCGAGUGGUUCGGAGAUGAAGUACGCCCUGAAGCGCCUGGUCACUGGACUUGGGAUGGGCCGAGAAGCCGCUCGGCCUUGCUAUAGUCUGGCGCUGGCACAGGUGAGGUGGCGCGCUGGCAAGGGCGCAACUACGCUGGUCAAAA